AUGAAAAAGCAAGGGCUAUUCCGGGAGGUCAAGAUAAUGAAGCAGCUUGAUCAUCCCAAUAUCGUUAAGUUGUAUCAAGUUAUGGAAAAUGAACAAACGCUCUAUCUUGUUCUAGAAUAUGCAUCCGGUGGCGAGGUAUUUGAUUAUUUGGUUGCGCAUGGCAGAAUGAAGGAAAAGGAAGCGAGAGUAAAGUUCCGGCAGAUAGUAUCCGCAGUGCAGUAUUUGCAUUCGAAGAAUAUUAUACACCGGGAUUUGAAAGCGGAAAACCUGCUAUUAGACGCCGAUAUGAAUAUUAAAAUCGCAGAUUUUGGUUUCAGCAAUCAAUUCACUCUAGGUAAUAAAUUGGACACCUUCUGUGGGUCCCCACCCUACGCCGCUCCUGAGCUUUUCCAAGGGAAGAAAUAUGAUGGACCCGAAGUUGAUGUGUGGAGUCUAGGUGUCAUUCUAUACACCCUAGUGUCGGGGAGUCUGCCAUUCGAUGGGCAGAAUUUGAAGGAACUUCGAGAACGUGUACUGCGUGGAAAGUACCGCAUUCCGUUUUACAUGUCUACGGACUGUGAGAAUCUGCUCAAAAAGUUCCUUGUUCUCAAUCCAGCUCGUCGAGGUACACUGGAAACAAUUAUGAAAGACAGGUGGAUGAACAUCGGCUAUGAAGACGAGGGCGAAUUGAAGCCGUAUGUUGAACCUCCGAAAGAUCAAAUUGACGAAGCUAGAAUAGAAAAGCUCAUUCAGCUCGGGUUCAACAAAGGCAGUAUUUUGGAUGCCUUAGAGAAAGAGAAGUUCGAGGACAUACACGCUACCUACCUCUUACUUGGUGAACGGAAAUGCGAGAUGGACGCUGGUGACUUGGCUCUGGCUCAACAGGCAGUCACACAUUCGACGCACAACGUCUCGUCGGGUAUUGGCUCCCAUGGUGUUGGUUCCAAUAACGCUGCGGCGGCCACCACGACUCAGUCGCCGUCAAAGUACGGGAGAACGUCGUCAGCUCAAACGGCCACCGCGGCGGGCACUUCUGUCAACACGACCCCUUUGCCGAAGCAGUCGUCUCGGCGAAGCAGCCAAAAUGACGCUGCUGGGAUAAGCAGCCAACAACCACCUCCACAAGCCCCCUCAUCGUCGUCUGCUCGUGCGCAGUAUCCGGUACGGCUGUUUGAUCAGGUACAAAUGCGUCAGCAGCCAACAUCGCGACACACUGCCAUGAGUAUGGUUCCUGCUUCAUAUCAAAGCGGUACCAGCGAAGGGCACAGAGACUACUUGGCUUCGUUUACUCGUGGCGGGACCUCAUCCACUGUUACAUCGGGCUCACGAAAAUCGAGUGAUCCGAAAGGACGAGUCCCGAUUAAUUUGGGGGUCCGAGCGGCUGGUCAGAGGGCAGAUGGUUCUUCAUCUGCACGAACCGCGCACCCAACUGGAAUCUCAACCACCUAUCAAGUGCCUGCAUCCGCUUCCCUUGUUGGUAAACUGUACACCACAGGCAAUGGCUCUGGAACGAAUUCGGGUGCUCCUUCUUUGAAAACUCCUGCUGCAAUCGCUCAAAUUCCCUUGCCUUUGCAAAAAUCGGGAUCGCAGAUUUCACAUACGCCUACUGAACCAGUCAUAAAGGAGGAUGAAGAUGAAAGCAGCGAGUCCUCAGCUGGUGGAUCCAAUGGUGUUGCAACGAUCACCCACUUGCCUAUUAUUGGGGGUGCGCCUCUGGCGCAGAGUCCUCUCCCACCAGUUGACGAAGGAGCUGCUGAAUCCAAACCUUCAAUUUCCGUCACACCCGAAAGGGAGCACAAGCCAUCGCUGAUCCAUCAAAGCCCAUCGAUGCCACCGACGAUGUUGAAAGCCAUGGGAGAGUUGACCGUUCGUGGCUCAGCCUCUGCGACAGGAGAACGGGACUCUCCGAAAAUGACCAAGUCAGCAACCGGUAACCCUCUAGUCGCUACUCCUCCACCUUCCGCUGGUCUUCCUCCAGUAUCAGCUCCAUCUCAGACAUAUGCGCCCUCCUCAGCACUCCAGACGUCGGUGGUGCCAGAACAACGCGGUAGCACUGUGUCAGGGACAACUACCACUACCGCUGCAGCAGCCGCCACCGGUGCCAGCGCUACCGCGUUCCCGCGAAACACUCGGAAUCGACAGACAUUUCAUGGAAAGACCGACUAUAACAAGGUGAAUGGUGAGGAUGAAGAGUCCGAGGGUGAACAAGCUUCCGCCGGUCAAUCAAUGGGUAAUGGUCAAAAGGGAGGAUUCUUUCUCUCAAAGCUUACGAAACUCACACGACGCACUCUCCCUCAAGCCCAUGCCAUACUUUAUCUAUCCCGCAUGUACCCUCGUUGCAGUAGCAGCACGGCAUCGCCUGCAGGUGUGAUUGCUAUGACGCCCAAUGUCGCUUCGGCGGCCCCCCGUCGUCCAUUGCACCACUCUGUAUCGAUGACGGGGGCAUCUCCCGACUCAGCAGCUCACCGCCAUCGUUCAUCGGAUUACAGCCCGUCAGUGGUCACCGGAGGACACCACUGUGAUAGCGGAUCUGGCCUGCCACCACCAUAUUCUGCCGUUCGCAGGGGACCUGCUGAAGCCGGAAUUCCUUCAACAGCCGGCGGGCAGCCACCCUCACGAGCUGGAACUGUUGGAUCGAGCGGAGGAGCACCAAUAGCGAGCGCUUUGACGCAGAUACGCGAAGGUCAUGCCGUUGCUCCGUCUGGUACAACCACUCCUCAGUCUAUGCGGGAGGACGAAAUUAAACCUCGUAGUUUACGGUUCACAUGGAGUAUGAAGACAACAAGCAGUCUAGCGCCUGACGAAAUGAUGAGGGAAAUCCGUAAGGUGCUUGAUGCCAACAAUUGCGACUACGAGCAGCGCGAACGAUACCUUAUACUUUGCGUACAUGGCGAUCCUAAUGCGGAUUCUUUGGUACAAUGGGAGAUGGAGGUUUGCAAGCUCCCUCGCCUCAGCCUGAAUGGAGUGCGUUUCAAGAGAAUCUCGGGAACUUCUAUCGGGUUCAAGAAUAUCGCGUCCAAAAUUGCACAGGAGCUCAAUCUGUAG